AUGGAUAGCUUCUUAAACCGAUUAAAUGUGUUGUUUUAUUCUAUGGCCCUGUGCUUUUUAAUAUUGUGUGCUUUUAAUUAUGGAACAUCUUUUUAUUUAUUUGAUCAGGAAGAAAUAAAAACAAAUAUCGAGGUGAGAAGUAUCAAAAGACUUGUAUAUAAUAGAUACAUAAAUGCUGAUGAAGCAGUAUUAUCUUUAGAUGUUUCUUAUGAUAUGAGAAAAGCAUUUAAUUGGAAUUUAAAACAACUUUUUGUUUAUGUUUUAGUUACAUAUGAAACUCCUAAAAAAAUAAAGAAUGAAGUUAUAAUUCAAGAUUAUAUUAUUAAAAAUAAGAACCAAGCCAAAAGAAAUUAUAAAAAUUUUAUUACAAAAUAUUCACUUAAAGAUUAUUAUAACGGACUAAGAAAUAAUUUAAUUUAUUUACAAAUUUGUUAUAAAUAUAUGCCUAUUGUGGGUUUUUCCAGAUCUUUUGAAGGUGCCAAGAUAUCUUAUCAAUUGCCCCCUGAAUAUUUUGAUGCCUUGCCCUCUAAUUACCCCUUAUAUUAUCCAGAUAAAUAA